AUGAUAAAUCUUACACCUAAUUUUAACCAGAAGAUAGAUUAUGUGUUUAAGGUGGUGGUGAUUGGGGACUCAGCUGUGGGAAAGACUCAAAUACUCUCAAGGUUUGCAAAGAAUGAGUUUUGCUUUGACUCAAAGUCCACUAUUGGAGUUGAAUUCCAGACUAGGACUGUUACUAUUAAUGGCAAAGUAAUCAAAGCUCAGAUCUGGGAUACUGCUGGCCAAGAAAGGUACAGGGCUGUGACAAGUGCAUACUACAGAGGUGCAUUAGGGGCCAUGCUGGUGUAUGACAUAACUAAAAGGAAAUCUUUUGAUAAUGUUGCUAGGUGGGUUGAGGAACUGAGAGCACACGCAGAUAGCUCCAUUGUGAUCAUGCUAGUUGGGAACAAAGGUGACCUUGUGGACCUUAGAGUGGUGCCUACUGAAGAUGCUGUGGAGUUUGCAGAGGACCAAGGCUUGUUCUUCUCAGAGACUUCAGCUCUCAGUGGUGAGAAUGUGGACACUGCAUUUCUCAAAUUGUUAGAAGAGAUCAAUAGGGUAGUUUCUAAAAAGGCAUUGGAAUGUGGUACAGGGAAGCUGAAUGGUGACAAUAAUGCAGCCACACUCAAAGGAUCAAAGAUUGAUAUAAUCUCAGGUCCUGAAUUGGAAAUUAGUGAGAUGAAGAAAUUGUCUUCAUGCUCUUGUUGAUCUUGUUAUGAAGAUCUAUGUUACUGUAUU